AUGCACACCCUCCUGCUGUAUCCAUCAGAUCCACAAGUAGAACAGAAGGGGGAUUUCUUUGCAAACCCAUCAGAUCGCAUAGAAUUGUAUGAUCCAUCCAACGAUGAAUAUUUCUUGCACUUAGUUGGUUCAUCUAACGGCCUACUUUGUCUUGCCAAUAUGGUUUUCAAUAACGAGUGCGGGGUAUGUGUUCUCUGGAACCCUUCUAUUCAAAAAGCCAUAACCCUUCCCAAGCCUAAUCUUCCAAUUCACGGUUCGUUGAACCAAUCUGUUGGCUUUGGGUAUGAGCCCAUGACCGAUGAUUACAAAUUGGUGAGGCUCGUAGAUUCCGGAGGCACUGAUAACAUUCCUUACAACAAUGUUCCACCUCUGGUUGAGAUUUAUACGCUUCGAACCGGCAUAUGGAGAUCUUUUACGGCCCCUGGUCCUCCCUACAUCAUAUGGGAUUCGUCCUCAUCGGAUGAAGCCUUUGGGGAAGUGGGUAUGCCUAAGAGUUUACAAGGGCUUGAAGACUUGAACGUUAGUGUGGCUCUAGUUGAUGGAUUGCUUGCGCUUGUCCCUCGUAACUCAUGUGGCAACGAGGCGUCUCAUGCCGUGUGGGUGAUGAAAGAGUAUGGAGCGGAGGAAUCUUGGAGUAAGCUGUUUGAUAUUCGCAUUGGGGGAUUUGAGAGGGUGAUAGGCUUUACAAAGAGUGAUGAAGUUCUAGUGCAAAAGGCUCAAAGGUUGUUUUCUAUCGGUCCAAGUAGCCGACGAUAUUUGGAUCUUCCCAUUCGUGGCCUAGAGGAUAUUUAUUUGGAUACUUAUGUGGAGAGCCUUGUUCUACUGAAUGCAGCUGACCGAGUUCCAGGAUGA